GAGAUGUGGGCCAGCCAGCAGCGACACCUGGAAUGCAUCCAAGACCCACCAGGCAUGGCCAUGUACAGGGUUGCCCGUACCACGACCAUCAACGGUGUGGACCUCCCGUAUUAUAAAUGCGUGCGUGGGAGCAACAGCCUGGAGGGGUUCCAUAAGGCGCUGCCCCAUAUGAUUCCAGGUCCCCACUGUGCGGCACGGCCUUACCAGGUCUACCUCAUCAGUGGGAUCGCCAGGUGGAACUCUGACCGGAGCUCGGAUGCAGUGUUUGGGGGCAGAGGCCGGCACAGGCGAGUCUACUCGGCGCCGCUCAUUGACCGCCUCAACUCCCGCUGCAAGCAGCUGUUUGGCGAGACGGUGGAAGAGAACUUCAGGGCCCCGGCCGCCGUCCAGUCAAAUGAGCUGCUUGGUCUUGAAUAUCUUUUCAGCCAAAGCACAGGGGAGGCCUUCUCUCUUGAGGGCAUUGUCAAUGACGGUCCUGGGCCGGAGGAGGAGGUCAUUCAGCCUGGGCAGGCUGACUCAGACGACGAAGCAGACGAAGCAGACGAGGCGUACCAAAGCGACGAGGACCAUCCUACUGUCCAGCCCCACAUGACUCUUACCAGCAGUGAGACUGCUACAGUCAACCCCCCUGCCUUUGAGGAUGUCUGCAGUGAAAAUCCUCUGCCAGGGUUUCAAAAGCUGGAGGCAUUCUGUGCUGCGCUGGUGGAGGUCGGCUUGACAGACCAGACGUUGCUCCUCAACACCGCGCAAAGGAACCGCAUCCUCGAGGCCUGGAAUGUGGUGGAGGAGCACGACAAGCAGCCACAGAAGUACCACCAGCUAUACCGCACACACUGGGGUAACACGCUGUACUGCCGCACUAAGAGGGAUGACCUUGCUGACGCCGCCUUGGUCCAGAAGGUGAAGAUGGCAAAAAGGUACGCGCCAGCACAGCAGGACAUCAGCCCGCAGCACAACCGCCUCAUGUACGUGCUUGUCAAGCUUCUGUGGCUGCGCUCCCCUCAGGCCUCUCGCCCCAGCCCAGAGAAGACCAGCAUCCUCAAGGCCUAUGAGAGGAUCCAGCACCGGGUCUUGGUGGAUGACCCAAUCCUCUGUAAGGCAGGCAUCCCCCUUCCCAAAAUAAACUCUAAAACAGUGAGGGACUUUAUCCGGCAGCAGGAGAGGCUGGUGAACCUUCACGCCACCAGCCAGCCAGCCGUCAUCUCCAAAAUCACAUCGGUGUCGUCUGAAGAGCUGCCUCCUGCACCGUGCCAGCCUGCCGUCCUCCAUCCACCUGACUACCCUGUGAUGGAGUACGUCCCCACGCCCAGCACCGCCGGCACAAAGGUAUUGAAGGGACGGACCAACAAGCUGGUGGCGACGCCACAGCCUCCUCCUCAACCACCACUGCCCCCUCCUCAACUACCACUGCCCCUGCCAGUGAGGAAAAUCCCCGCCACCUCCACCAUCACCAGGCCUGUGCUGUCAGUCUCCCAGUCUGCGGGCCCCUCGUCCACGCAGCCCAUACUGCCUUCUGGUCAGGCAUCCAUCCCGGUCACCCCGUCUGUGCCCAUCAGGCCAGCUGUUCAGCCGCCCUCUGGACAGAACCCUGUGGAAGGAUUGUCGUGGUCUAAAUCCACACUGUACAAGAGGAAGAUGGCAGAUCAUCCUACGGCCCUGGGCGUUAAGCUAACAAGGGUGCAGCAUCUCCCGACCUGCAGGGUGUGCGGGCAAACAAUUCAGGGACACAAAAAGUACAAAAAAAAACCCAUUUUGCCCUUCAAUCAACCGUUCAGCCUCCAAGGGACUGGAGAACAUAGUAUUUAGAGACUAUGAACAUUUUGUGUCUGUUGUGGAUGGAUCAGAGGAGGGAAUGGCUGGCCCAUUGUAAAUUGUGUGUUUUAUUGUGUACAAGUUUUAUUGUUCUACGUUCUGUGUUCUUUUUUCUUUCAAAAGUGUCAUUGUGGAGAUAGACACUUGUAACUUGUACACGUUUACUUAAAACUAUUUUCAAUAAAAUCAAUGUAAACCUUUUGAUUUAUUUUUGUAAUAUAUUCUUGCAUAAUAUAUUAUGUUCUGUGAAACUAAAUAAAGUGAUUUUGCUUUAUUA